GCGUGCUGACGGCUCUGAAGUGUGAAGUCGCCAUGAUUCGCAAGCUGUUGAAGAGGAACUUGGUGCCAAUUGAUCUGCUGGGCUGAUCGCGAGUUCGCUCGGUCGACGUUGCGAGGUGCGUUCUCGAGGCGGAACAUUGGUUGGCCCGUAAGUUUGCUGUAGGUGGUUAAGACCCACAAUUAAGUUUCUGGCAACCUUUGAGCAGCUGCCUCAUUACCUGCUGUAAACCGACAAUACCUCACAAGCAACUCUCGCGCCCGCCAAUUUUCUGAAAGGUGACGAAAGCACGGGAUUUCAUCGCCAAACCGCCCAUAAUGGCCCCAGAAACACCCAAAACCGCCUCCUCGAGGCUCUUGAACAUGAAGUUCAUGCAGAGAGCUGCAGCCAACAGCGCUGCCUCGACGCCAGGAUCAGACAGCGACGCGCAUUCAGCCAAGAAGCGCAAACAUGUGCACAUGUCGAAAAAUGAUGCAAUCGACUUCAAAAUUGACCAGGCAUCUAUCAAGGCCGCAGUCGACGAGCGCGAGGCGAAACGGCAAGUCGCACUUGCGCAGCACGGCGGUAAUGACACACAAUGGGUGCUUGAUACAAGCCUUGCCCAGCCCGCACAGGAGUCCGCCGCGUUACCUCGCAAAAUUGUCUAUGUCGGCUACGGAGACAUUGAUACUUCGGAUGACGAGGACCAGGACACUGCAUUAGCAGGCAGGACUUCGACGUACAAGAAGAGAGCGAAUGCGGGGAAAAAGGACGAAUCACAGUCGCACGACCAGGAUACAGACGACGACGAUGAAGACGAGGACGAGGAUGGGGACGAUCAAGAUAAUGAUGGCUCAAAUCGCCGCGGCCGCGCUCAUGGCGAUGGAUCUCACGGCAAACGUGCCCGUUCAAAAUCGAGCGCGAGACCAAGUGCAGAAGCUGCAAAGGCCAAAGAACUGCGCGACAAGAGGAGGAAGAAGGAGGUGAACAUUAAUAAGUUGACCUCGAUAUCGUCUGGGGGUGGCGUUGGAGGCGGGUCGGGUUCCAAGUCGGCUAUGACUUGCUACAAAUGCCAAAAGACGGGCCACAAGGCCGCGGACUGUUCACAAAGUCAGUCCAAGGGGUCAAAGGGCAGUUCGAAGCGUGGCUAGGCCUAGGAGUGCGGCUGCAGGUCGUCUCGGAGGGU